CGGAGUCUCGCCUAAAGUCUUGCUGCCGACGGCUGCGUGUGGGUUCGCGGUGCGUGGCGGUGGCGCUUGGCGAGGGCUGUGUGUGGCUGGCCGCGCACCCCUCCCGCUCGAGCCCGAGACCCUGCGGCUGAGCCUCAUUUUCCUCUCUUUGUAGUAGCGGAGCACGCCCCGCACGGGACACCCCUACGGUGCAGCUCCAUUUCUGGCCUGGGGGCUGGUCACAGCUAUUGGAACGGGACGGAGCGGGCUCGGGGAUCCCCACUGCCCCAGGCCCCGGUGCGUGACUGACCCACCCGUUUCCAGAGCCCCCCGCGCAGGCCGGGAUGUUCGUCCUGGUGGAGAUGGUAGACACCGUGCGGAUCCCCCCGUGGCAGUUUGAGAGGAAGCUCAACGACUCCAUUGCCGAGGAGUUGAACAAGAAGUUGGCCAACAAGGUCGUGUACAACGUGGGACUCUGCAUCUGCCUGUUUGACAUCACCAAGCUGGAGGACGCCUAUGUGUUCCCGGGGGACGGUGCAUCACACACCAAAGUUCACUUUCGCUAUGUGGUGUUCCAUCCGUUCCUGGACGAGAUUCUGAUUGGAAAUAUCAAAGGCUGCAGCCCGGAGGGAGUGCACGUCUCUCUAGGGUUCUUCGAUGACAUUCUCAUCCCUCCAGAGUCACUGCAGCAGCCGGCCAAGUUCGAUGAGGCAGAGCAAGUGUGGGUGUGGGAGUACGAGACGGAGGAAGGAGCGCACGACCUAUACAUGGACACCGGAGAGGAGAUCCGCUUCCGGGUGGUGGACGAGAGCUUUGUGGACACGUCCCCCACUGGGCCCAGCUCAGCCGAUGCCACCUCUUCCAGUGAGGAGCUGCCAAAGAAGGAAGCUCCGUACACGCUUGUGGGAUCCAUCAGUGAGCCGGGCCUGGGCCUUCUCUCCUGGUGGACUAGCAGCUAGCACUGGGGCUUUGACACUGGACCCUGCCCAGCCCUCGGGAAGGUGGUGCGGCGGGUCCUGAAGACGACAGGAUGCCGAGGAGCAGCCUGUGCCCUUCCAGGCUGUCCCCUCCCCUCCUCCUCCCAGACCUACCCCACUAAGUCCCACCGUCCACAUGGACUUCUGCCUGUCAGUGACAACAAAGAUAUUUAAUAAAUGAUGGCCACGUCAGU